AUGCCACCAGCAAAAGCGGUAAAUAAUAUCAGCAUUCAGCAAGCAGAUCGUAAUCAGUCAUCAGCUGAUAUGUUGGCAAAUGAUGCUGGUGAAGGGAAUUCUGAAGAAGGACAAUGUUUCUGUCAUUUCAGGCGGAAUCGUUCUCCUUCAUUAGAUGAAAUUCUCAAAUCGAAUCAUGUUCAGUUGGAGAAACUAAGAUGGGGGUUACCAAUUGAACCGGCGCCGUGA